AUGCAACGUGGGAGAUGGGUUCCAGUGCGCGCGCGGUGCAAUUACAACACACCGCACGAUUUCUUUCGGAAUGCGAAUGCCCAGCAUGAUGAGUCCCAACACUCCCAGAACUUUCUCCGCACAGAGCCCUACUCCUUGACCGUUUCACAUCAGUUCUUUUUCGAAGAGGGCCGUCUGCCAAACGAACAGAAUGGAAGGCAAGAUCCUAGGAUAGGACCACAGAAAGGCACAGGCGGCAGGUAUGAAGGUGCGAAGCAACAGAGACCAGGCGCUGAUGCGAGACGAGAACACACCCGAUAUGCCUGCCGUUGA